AUGCCUCCAAAGGGGUUGCUCUCUGCGGCGUUAUCGAGUAAGGAAUUGAAAGAUGCAAAACGCAUGAUUGAUGAAGUCAAGGAGCUCCUAAAUGAAGGCCGAACAUUUGUUUUUGUCUCAGAUCCUUCUCCGCUUCUUUCUCUCGUCCUAAAAUCCAUGCAAACACUAGAUUUUAAAGUUUAUGAUGAUUCCACCAAAUUAGCCAUGGACAAAAUCACGGAGGCUUUGAAGGAUGAGAAUAUCAACAUGGUUGGUGUAUAUGGGAUAGGAGGUGUUGGAAAGACGACCUUGAUGAGAGAACUGGCUAAAAAAUUGAAAAAAGAUGGGCUUUUUGAUCAGGUUGUGAUGGUCACUGUGUCUCAAGAACCGGUCUUCAAGAAGAUCCAAGGGGAAAUUGCAGAGAACUGGGAAAGGAUUGACACAUUUUCCAGAAGAUAUGGAGAACCUAAGAAAAUGCAAGCAACUUUCGUUAGUGCAAAAUGGAAUUUUUAA